GAACUGGGAGUGAUGUCAGCUCCCAGCUCGGUGCCUGCCCGGAUUCCUGACAUGGUGUAGGGCCGAGAGGGUGGGGAAGGCGGGAGCCGGCCGGGAGAGGACUCGGAGUGGCCAGACUGCCGUGGGGGCAGAGGGCCGGCGCUUUGAACUCCGAGCGAAGGUGAACCAGAACUUUUGCAACUCGUGCGGGCGGCUCUCCUCCCCCAGUAUAAAUGAUUUUUAUGGAUCAGAUUACUAAUAAGUAUAUGGAAGAUUUGAAGAGCUGAAGGAAGAAAUCAGUAUUGAAUUUUCUUUUAAAUAUCUAGGUUGGAAUUUGCCCUUGACAAAUAACAAAAUGAUGAGUGAUGCAAGUGACAUGUUGGCUGCAGCGUUGGAGCAGAUGGAUGGUAUUAUAGCAGGUUCUAAGGCCCUGGAAUAUUCCAAUGGGAUUUUUGAUUGCCAGUCCCCCACCUCCCCAUUCAUGGGAAGCUUGCGAGCUCUGCACCUUGUGGAAGACCUGCGUGGGUUGCUGGAGAUGAUGGAAGCAGAUGAGAAGGAAGGCUUGCGAUGCCAGAUCCCAGACUCCACAGCAGAAACGCUCGUCGAGUGGCUCCAGAGUCAAAUGACAAAUGGACACCUACCUGGGAACGGAGAUGUGUACCAAGAAAGGCUAGCACGUUUAGAAAAUGAUAAAGAAUCCCUCGUUCUUCAGGUAAGUGUGUUAACAGACCAGGUAGAGGCUCAGGGAGAGAAGAUUCGCGAUUUGGAGUUUUGUCUUGAGGAGCACAGAGAGAAGUUGAACGCCACAGAAGAAAUGCUGCAGCAGGAGCUUCUGAGUAGGACAUCCUUAGAAACGCAGAAGUUGGAUCUGAUGGCUGAAAUAUCUAACUUGAAGUUAAAAUUGACGGCUGUAGAGAAGGACAGAUUGGAUUAUGAAGACAGAUUCAGAGACACAGAGGGACUAAUGCAGGAAAUCAAUGAUUUGAGGUUAAGAGUCAGUGAAAUGGACACUGAAAAACUUCAGUAUGAAAAAAAGCUGAAAUCUACUAAAUCUUUAAUGGCAAAACUUUCUAGCAUGAAAAUCAAGGUGGGUCAGAUGCAGUAUGAAAAGCAGCGGAUGGAACAAAAGUGGGAGUCACUAAAGGAGGAACUAGCAUCGCUAAAAGAACAGCUGGAAGAGAAGGAAUCUGAAGUUAAAAGGCUACAGGAAAAAUUGGUUUGCAAGAUGAAAGGAGAAGGAAUUGAAAUUCUUGAUCGAGAUAUUGAAGUACAAAAAAUGAAAAAGGCCGUGGAGUCUCUGAUGGCAGCAAAUGAAGAAAAGGAUCGGAAAAUAGAAGAUCUUCGACAGUGCCUGAACAGGUACAAGAAGAUGCAAGACACAGUGGUGCAGGCCCAAGGUCAGAAAGGCCAAGAUGAUGACUUUGAAGAUCUGCUCCCUUCCAGCUCCUUCUCCACUUUGCUGGAUGUGCAGGGUUUUAGUGAGCUGGAGAAAAACCUGUCACCUACGCCAGUAAUGGGACCUCCUAGUCCUGACCCAUUUAACACAAGUGCUCCAGAAGAGUUCCACACCAGCAUCUUGCAAGUUUCAAUCCCAUCAUUAUUGCCAGCAUCUAAAGGCUUGGAAACUUCUGAAAAAGCGAAAUUGCUUCCUAAGCCAGAGACUCCAUUUGAGGAGAAUGAUGGAAAAAUAAUCCUUGGUCCUGCUGCUGAAACUCAACUGUGCGAUAGUAUUUCAACUUCAAGUCUGCAGAAGUCUAGCAGUCUGGACAAUCUGAAGAAAGAGCCAUCAGAUGGGGGAAAGGAGUCUGCUCCAAAGCCUUCAGAGGAUAAAGCUCCGGUAGAAAGCAGCCCGUUUGGGAGCCUUCCUCCCAAAGCUCCAGGACACGAUGCCUCCGUGGAUGAAAAUCCCUUUGGCACUCGAAAAGCCAGAUCCUCCUUUGGUCGUGGCUUUUUCAAAAUAAAAAGUAGCAAGAGGACAGCAAGUGCACCAAACUUGGAUCGUAAACGAAGUGCCAGUGCGCCCACCUUAGCUGAAACAGAGAAGGAGACACCCGAGCAUUUAGAUCUGGCAGGUGUAUCUUCUCGGCCAAAAGAUUCGCAGGGGAGCAGUCCCUUCCAGAUGGCUCCACCAUCACCAGAUUCCAAAAAGAAAUCCAGGGGUAUCAUGAAGCUCUUUGGAAGACUUAGGAGAAGUCAAUCAACUACAUUCAAUCCAGAUGACAUGUCUGAGCCUGAAUUCAAAAGAGGAGGGACAAGGGCAACUGCAGGGCCCCGAUUGGGUUGGUCUCGAGAUUUGGGACAAUCUCACAGUGACUUGGAUAUGCCAUUUGCCAAGUGGACCAAGGAACAGGUUUGCAAUUGGCUUAUGGAACAAGGCCUGGGGUCCUACCUGAAUUCUGGCAAGCACUGGAUUGCAUCUGGCCAAACACUGUUGCAGGCUUCUCAACAAGAUCUAGAGAAGGAACUUGGAAUCAAGCAUUCACUUCAUCGAAAGAAGCUCCAGCUGGCACUGCAAGCCCUGGGAUCUGAAGAAGAAACUAAUCACGGGAAGCUGGAUUUCAACUGGGUCACUAGAUGGUUGGAUGAUAUUGGUCUCCCCCAGUACAAGACCCAGUUCGAUGAAGGACGGGUAGAUGGUCGAAUGCUCCAUUACAUGACUGUUGAUGACUUACUGUCUCUGAAAGUUGUAAGUGUGCUCCAUCAUCUCAGCAUCAAAAGGGCCAUCCAGGUCCUGAGGAUCAAUAACUUUGAACCAAACUGUCUACGGAGGCGGCCGUCUGAUGAGAAUAGCAUCACCCCAUCAGAGGUUCAGCAGUGGACCAAUCAUCGAGUGAUGGAGUGGCUGCGCUCUGUGGACCUGGCCGAAUAUGCCCCCAACCUCAGAGGCAGUGGUGUCCAUGGCGGGCUCAUGGUUCUAGAACCUCGUUUUAAUGUAGAAACAAUGGCUCAGUUAUUGAACAUCCCACCAAGUAAGACCCUGUUGCGAAGACACUUGGCCACUCAUUUCAACCUUCUGAUUGGUGCUGAAGCCCAACACCAGAAGCGUGAUGCCAUGGAGUUACCGGAUUAUGUACUUCUAACUGCCACUGCCAAAGUGAAGCCAAAGAAACUUAGCUUCAGCAAUUUUGGGAAUCUGAGAAAGAAGAAACAGGAAGAUGGGGAAGAAUAUGUUUGUCCAAUGGAACUGGGACAGGCAUCAGGAGGUACAUCUAAGAAAGGGUUUAAGCCUGGAUUGGACAUGCGCCUGUAUGAUGAGGAUGAUCUGGACCGGUUGGAGCAGAUGGAAGAUUCAGAAGGGACAGUGAGACAGAUAGGUGUAUUCUCUGAAGGCAUCAACAAUCUAACGCACAUGUUGAAAGAAGAUGACAUGUUUAAAGAUUUUGCGGCCCGUUCCCCCAGCGCCAGCAUGACCGAUGAGGACUCAAACGUCUGACUGGGGCGCGGGGACACGCAAGGCGAGCCCUGCGUCUUUGCUCCACAUUCUUUCUCAGAUACUCACAGUAUCUACCACAAGCCACAGCUUGUAGAUUGUGUGUUGUUCCAGCUUCUCACUUAGAGGUGGAAGUGGAGAGCGGGCGAUCUGUGCCUCGUCUAAAGUUGUCGUGACACAGGAGACACUGGUGAUGAGAGUAUAAUUGUUUUUCCUCUAUUUAAUGUAAAAACCUGUGAUAUAUUAUAUUUAAAGCGUUGCAUUGAACAUGGGUAUUUUGCCGUGGUGCUUCCAUUCACUCUCACAGCUUGGAGGCUUGGGGAAGCAGUGACCAGUAUGUGAAUGGCUUGGUUGCGUCAGUGUCACACCACUGCCGCGGAAGCAGGACAUUAUAUUGCUUUCAGAAUCAACUCAUGGAGUUCCUUUCAGCAUUCAGUGUGCCCACUAAAUGCCAGCCACCCCUCCGCUUCCCUCUUGUUGUCCUAUUUUUAUAUAUUUUUCUAAAGAUAUGUAUAUACUUAGUACAUAGAAAAUAGAAUUUUUAUGUUGUGACAUAAGGAAGAUGGUAAAAAGACCACAUUAAAAAAAAAUGCAGUGAUCAAAAUUUUCAUCCACCAUGGUUCUUAAAGAGGUCAGGAUUUUAAUGAUCUUGUGGAUUAUCCAGACUGAAUUAGUAUAUAUGAAAUACCCCUUCUUUGAUGCCAUGUCACAAAAUUGUUGAAUAGCCUUUUUAAGAAUUUCAACCUAAAUCUUGGAUCUUGUUACCUCCUAAGGGAACUUGAGGGACAUUUAAAUACUGUUAACUUGAAUGCAUAGAGAAGCGCCCCCAAAAUUUAUAGAAACAAUUUCUGAAGAAACCAAAACAAAAACCUUUACAGUAUUAAGCUUCUUAGUUUCCUCUUUGCUGAAUAUAUCACUACAUCAAAAUACUAACAGUCUGCCUAAUGUUAUUAACUGCACAUUUCUCAGGCAUUCAAUGAAUGGGAUUUUUUGUUUUAAGUUGAAUACCCGUCUGAACAUUUUGUCUCCAUCAGAAUUCAGUAACGCAGAGGCUGCAAAAUUAGUUUCAUAAUGGCUAUUGUGAUGAUAAAAUGCAGUUCAUGUUUUUCUAUGCUACAGGGCCCAAAUAUUCUUUAUAAAGAAAAUAGAAAGGGGCAACCAAAACAGUUACUGUGUUUAUUAUUUUCUAGUGGUAUUAGAAAAAAUAUUCUAUUUUUUAUUCAGUACUACGUCAUUACUCGUGAUAGCAAAUGGUGGUAACGACAGGUUUUCCCAAAUUGGCAUGGGGUGGACAGUUCAGUAUAUGCCAGUGGACUUGCUUAAUAAACUAUUUUUGAAUGUCAGUGGUAUACGCUUUCAAGUUAGCAAGUUACCAAGCUUUUCAUCAAGGAACCUGUGAUACUAAAUUACUAUUUAUUCAUAACUAAAAUGAUUGGAUGCUAAUAAUAAUCUUUUGCUCCCUACAAUUCAUUAUUUGGUAACUGUAUUGGACUCUUGCUGUAUUUGUGUUUUAUUCUCAUGUGAAUAUAUGUCACCAUUUGGAAAACAAUUUGUCGUUCAACCUGGUUAAAAAUACCAGGAGACUAUUAUAGAUGCCAAAUAUUCUUUAUUCAGGACAAUGUAACAUCACUGAUGAUAUGUGAUAAGGUUAAAUUUUUUUGGAUGAUAUAUAUUUUAUUUACAAAAUAUUAUACACUGUUGGUAUUACCAUAUGAAAAGAAAUAAAGUCAAUUGAUAAUUGCCUCAUA